UUAAAAAAAAAAUUAUUGGUGGAUUCAGUUCGAGAGCUAUGGAUUGAUUUGUAGAAAAUGGUCAAUUCAGACCAAACCGACCUGGCGACUCAUAUACACCCCUGGUUACAGCCUUAGAGGAUAUCAUCCUCGAUCUCACUCCAUUCUUUCUUCUUCCUUCUCCUUAUUCAGACCCACACUCCCUUCCCUGCCCUAUAAAUUACCCUCUCAUUCCCCUGUUUUGAUAAGCAGGGGAAAAACAGAGUAUAAACAGAGCGCAACAGGGGAAGGAAAGAAAGAAGAAGAAAAAUAAAAAUAUGAGAAGUUCGUCAGUAGCAGCAGCGAUUUUCGCUGUAGUCUUCUCUAACCAACUGCUCAAUUCAAUCCUCGCCGCUCCGUCACCGGCGGCGCCGGAGCUUCCAAACCCAGGUGCCGAAUUCAUCAGAAAUUCCUGCAAUUCCACGCUCUACCCGAAACGCUGCUACCGAACCCUGUCCCCUUUCGCACCCGAAAUCGGGUCCGACCCGGAGAAGCUGGCCAAGAAGGCGCUGAGCGUGACCCUGAAAGUCACCCAAUCGGCGUCCAAGCUGAUGAGGAGGAUGUCCAGGAUCCCCGGGGCGCCGGCGGCGAUGGCGGACUGCGUGGAGGAGGUGGAGGACGCGGUGGAGGAGCUGGGGAAGUCGAUUGACGAGAUGGUCGGGGCCCCGGCCCAAGGACCCGAGUUCUGCCGGAUGAUUGGGGACGUGCAGACGUGGCUGAGCGCGGCGGAGACGGAUGACGACACCUGUAUGGACGGGUUCGAGGAAGGGCCGGCGGGUUCGUCGGCGGCGACGGUGAAGCGGAACGUGAAGAAGUUGGUGGAGAAACACGUGGGGAGAAUUGCUCGUUUUACCAGCACUGCUUUGGCUCUGGUGAAUCUCUAUGCUGCUUCUUCUUCCGGAGUUCCAUCAUGUUAAUUAAGUGCUAGAUUAGUUGAUUUGAUGUCCUUCUCUGUUUGAAGUGAAUGGUGCCAUUUGUGUUUCUGAGUGUAAAUAAGGUUUGCUUAAUUGUACAUUUGUACUCGGUCUAUUUAGUAUUUGUAAUCAUUUGAAGGUAAAAAUAUGUGUUUUCAUUCUUUUAAGGGCGUGCAAAAAGUAUGUAGCUUGUUUAGUGUUGUUUUCAUUUGAUUUUGUAUUUUGAGUUGUAAGAAAGGAUAAGAGUGAAAUAUGUGUUUCUUUUAUCACUUGAAGGGACUAUAUAGUAUAUAUUUGUCUAGUUUUGUGUUAGUGCAAUAUGAGUUUGCACAAAAUGGUGUAUGUGUGGUAUAAAUUGUGGAGGAGAUGUAAUACGGUAUUUUUGUUUUUUACUAGAUAUAUUUUUUAAUUUUUUUUCCAUUGAUAUCAUUAUAGAUCUCUUUCAGAAGAAUGUUUCACCACAAUUACAAUUUUUCUAACUUUAAUAAGCGGUGGAGACGGAAUAAUAAUAAAUUUGAUGAUGAUAUAAAGCUCUAUUUGAAGGUGUAACCCAUCAUAGUCAAGACUCAUGAUCAAACUCUUCAUUGUAAAGCAUUGUUUGUCAAUAAUGAAUAGUUGUCAUGAUC